AUGUAUUCACAGGUAGAACAGGAAAUCCAAAGGAAGAUUGAGCGGGAGCGCAAUAUCAUCCAGGGGGCUUCGAAUUUAAAGAAAAAGACAGAUAAUGUUAUGGUGAUUCAAAAAUGCAAUACGAACAUUCGAGAAGCAAAACAAAACAUUGAGUAUUUAGAGGAGACUUUCAACAGAUUACAUCUUAACAGUGAGGCUCCACAGAACAAGCCGGUGGAAAACAUUAAGAAAGGAUAUGGUCAUCUUUCCACAAUUUCACCCGAGGAACACAUCUACUCAAGAUUAGAUUUAGUCAAAUAUGACUGUCCUUCUUUAUCGCAAAGGAUCCAAUACAUGCUACAACAGUUAGAAUUUAAGCUGCAAGUAGAAAGACAAUAUCAAGAGGCCAAUGCAAAAUUGACUAAAUUAUAUCAGAUUGAUGGUGAUGCUCAGAGUAGUUCGGCCGCUGAAGGUGGUGCCCAAGAAUCUAGAAGCCUUAUUUUGUUGUUAACCAAGGCCUUGAAAAAAUAUCAAGCAAUCAAUGUUGAUUUGGAUCAGUUUAAACAACACGAUAACGAUAAUUUAGCCAAUCAACCGAAAUUUAGAAGAAAACAACUUACAGGUGAAUUACACAUAGGUGUCACAGCAAUUAGAGAUGUGGAUCACAUUCAAUCACCUCUUUUUUCAAGAAAACCUGAAAGUUACAUUACAGUUAAGAUUGAUGAUACUAUCAAGGCUAGAUCAAGAGCCUCUAGAAACGACAGAUGGAAUGAAGAUCUAGUCAUACAUGUCGAAAGGGGUAAUGAAGUAGAAAUUACCGUCUAUGAUAAAGUUAACGACGUGAUGAGUCCAGUGGCAGUCAUGUGGUUGUUACUAUCUGAUGUCGCUGAAGAACUUCGUAAGAAGAAGGUGGGCCAAAGUACUGAUCAACAAGGUUGGGUAGAUGCUUCUAAAGUUAUGAGCUCAUCUUCUGCUGGGCCUUCAGUCCCUUCAAAUCGUGGAUCAGCUCUAAGUGGUACUACAACUUUAUCUUCUUCCACCGGUCAAGGAGGUGCCGGUCAUGGCGGUGCACUAGCGCCGCAUAUCGCUAAUAGAAUUUCAACAAGCUCAUGGUUUGUAUUAGAACCAGCAGGACAGUUGCUACUGACUUUAGCCUUUGAAAAAUCGUCUCAACCAGUGAAGAAGAAUAGAGUCGGUGGUCUUCACAGACAUGGUGCAAUCAUUAAUAGACAAGAAGAAGUUUAUGAACAACAUGGCCAUCAUUUCGUACAAAAAUCAUUUUACAACAUUAUGUGCUGUGCAUAUUGUGGUGAUUUUUUAAGAUAUACAGGAUUCCAAUGUCAAGAUUGUAAAUUUCUCUGUCAUAAGAAAUGUUACGGUAAUGUGGUUACCAAAUGUAUUGCAAAGACUACUACGGAAUCAGAUCCUGAUGAAGCUAAGUUGAAUCAUCGUAUUCCUCAUAGAUUCGAGCCUGUGGCUAAUAGGGGAACCAAAUGGUGUUGUCACUGCGGUUACAUCUUACCAUGGGGUAAACAAAAAGUGCGCAAGUGUUCUGAAUGUGGUAUUAUGUGUCAUGCUCAAUGUUCUCAUUUGGUUCCCGAUUUCUGCGGUAUGUCCAUGGAGAUGGCCAACAAGAUUUUGAGGACCAUUCAAGAUACCAAGAGAUCACAAGAAAAGAGAAAGAGGAUCUCUCCUUCUUUCCAAACAGACUCUUCAUCUAACACUUUUGCCGCUAGUGGUUCGUCUCCAGGUAAAUCAAGUCAAAGAUCUUAUCAUGCACACUACAAGCGUGAGAGUGAGAGUAGCAGUUUGGCAGCAUCAAAGGAUCCCUCCACAGAUAGGGAGACAGCUCAUGGGACCAAAAAUGAAGUCGCACCAUCUUCACAAUCGAAAAACUCUGAAAUAUCACAACGUCGGAAACAAGAACAACUAGAACAGUUACAACAGCUAGAACAACAAGAACUGCAAUAUCAACAACAGCAGCUACAGCAACUACAACAACUACAGGAAUUACAAGCACUGCAAAAUCAAGAGGAGCAACUAGUCCAGCAAGCUCAAAGUAAGGGAAUAGAGUCCACUGGUGAGAAGAUAAGUAAAUACAUUGACCAGAAUGAGACUUAUUUGAACUUCACAGAGAACGCUUACAAGAAUGAAGGACCGGUGGUUCCUGAAGGCAGAACUUUGGACCCCUUAGCGGAGACUAGUAGUGCUCAUAUGGCUCCAGAUAAUCCAUAUAUAGAUGUGGAAGAAUCAGAAGAUGAUAAGGCACGUAAAACUUUAGAGAAUUGGAGACUACAAGAACAAAUCGCUAGAGAAGAAGCUAUCCAAAGACAACAACAGUUGUAUGAUAUAGAAAUGGAUGCUAUGAUGGGAGAAGGCCAACUAGAGACUACAAAGGGUGGUCAGGUGGAACCGCUAUCGUCAUCCAACGUACCAGAGUCGUCCUUCCAGGACUCCUAUGAAAAUGGUCUCGUUGAUCUUGGCGCCGGUCCUUCUUUAGAUCACAUCGAUUCUAAUCCUUUUAGAAAUAUGGUUAACGAGGCACAACAGAAAGACCAAUUACAAGUUCCUAGUGCAGACUCCUCAGGCGUUGCUUUGAAAUCACCAACCGCUUCAAGAUUAUCAGGAGAGCAACAAGAUAUCAAUGCUUCCAGGAAUGAUUAUCAAAUUUCGCCCCAAAGAGCACAGGGUGCUGGGAGACGUAAGAAGAAAGCAACCAAGCGUAAGAAGGUCACAUUGGAUGAUUUUGUCCUGCUCAAGGUUUUGGGUAAAGGUAAUUUUGGUAAGGUUUUACUUUCCAAGUCUAAGAAUACCAAUCGUCUCUGUGCUAUUAAAGUUCUGAAGAAAGACCACAUUAUUCAGAAUCAUGAUAUUGAAAGUGCUAGAGCUGAAAAGAAAGUGUUUAUGCUAGCCACUAUGGCUAAACAUCCAUUCCUCACCAACUUAUAUUGUUCAUUUCAAACCGAAAACCGUAUCUAUUUUGCCAUGGAAUUCAUCGGUGGUGGUGAUUUAAUGUGGCAUGUACAAAAUCAAAGACUUUCGGUGAGAAGAGCUAAAUUCUAUGCUGCAGAAGUUUUAUUGGCAUUGAAGUACUUUCAUGAAAACGGUGUCAUUUAUCGUGACUUGAAAUUGGAAAAUAUUCUUUUGACGCCAGAGGGUCACAUCAAGAUCGCAGACUAUGGGUUGUGCAAGGAUGAGAUGUGGCAUGGAUGUAAGACCUCGACAUUCUGUGGUACCCCUGAAUUUAUGGCACCUGAAAUUCUUAAAGAACAAGAAUAUACAAAGGCUGUCGAUUGGUGGGCAUUUGGUGUCUUGCUAUACCAAAUGCUUUUAUGUCAAUCUCCAUUUUCAGGUGAUGAUGAAGAUGAAGUUUUUAAUGCUAUUCUCACUGAUGAGCCACUAUAUCCAAUUGACAUGGCUGGUGAUAUCGUCCAAAUCUUCCAAGGGUUAUUGACAAAGGAUCCAGUAAAGCGUCUGGGUGCUGGUACUCGUGACGCUCAGGAGGUUAUGGAAGAGCCAUUCUUCCGUAAUAUAAACUUUGAUGAUAUUUUGAACCUGCGUGUCCGUCCACCAUACGUUCCAGAGAUUAAAUCUCCGGAAGAUACCUCGUUUUUUGAACAAGAAUUCACUUCUGCACCACCUACUUUAACGCCUUUACCUUCUGUUUUGGACACAAAACAACAAGAAGAAUUCAGAGGAUUUUCCUUCAUGCCAGAGGACUUGGAGCUUUGA